GCCAAUCAGCUGCUCGCCCCAGCCGGCAGACGCCUCGUAUCAGCCCUGUUUGAAAAAAAUAGCAGAAAAGAAUGAGGAAAAAAAACUUGGGUGACUGCGGCCGCUAGAGGAGGAGUGGGAUGUGCGGAGACUGAGGCGGCUUCCUCCGGGAUGGAUGGCAUUUUAUGCUGAAAAUAUAAGACUGGGAGGAUGGGAAGUCUAGAAAAUACAGAUAUAGAGGAGUUCCCUCCCCCUCCACCCGAAGUCUAUGAAGAUGCAGACAAUGAGGAGGACGAGGAUGAAGGAGAGAAAUUUGAUUUUGAUAGUGGCGAUGAUGCUCCAGAAGCUGAUAGGCAGCCACGUCAGAAGGUUGAGGAUGAUUUUGUUGACAUUGGACUCCCCGAUCCUCCUGAUUUGUUAUUAGAAGAAGACACUGCAGCCAUUCUACAAGAUUCAGCAGCACAAAGUGAUCUGAACCCUGCACCAAGAAAAGUGAACCCGUAUUCAGUUAUCGAUAUUGCACCAUUCCAAGAGGGAGAGUUUACCUCCCAAGAGUCUCAGUCUGUGGAAGACAUUUCUGGUCCUCAGGUGCCAAGUGGUUAUUCUGUUCCUGUUCCUUGUGGCUAUGCUGUCCCUUCCAACUUGCCCUUACUUUUGCCAGCGUACUCCACACCAGUUAUAAUCCGCAACAUAUCUGUUGAUGAACAAGGAGUCCAAGAGGAGGUAUCCAAUCCUCACUUGCAGCUUGUGACUGACAACAAUCAUACAAGUGAAGAUUUCCAAGCCUUAAAAGAAGAGGAUGUGCUGGCAAAGUGGGUGUCUGAUCCUGCAAAUACAGAAUGGAUGGAGAGUAAAUACAAUUACUUACCUUAUCUCAACCCUGAUGAAGUUAUCUAUGAUGAUGUUCCAAGAGAAAACUCUGAUUCUGCGACAGAUCCCGAUGAGAUGAUUUAUGAUGAUGUGGAGAAUGGAGAGGAGGCUGGGAACAGCUCUUUGGAUUAUGGAUGGAGUUCUAGUGAAUUUGAAAGCUAUGAUGAACAUAGUGACUCUGAAUUAAAGCACGGGGUCCCCAACUCUUUUCUCAGAGGAGGAAGCAAGAGACAUCUUUCUCAGGACCUUACACGUAUAAAACAGCACUACGAGAAAAAGAUGAAAGAUUUGGUGGCAAACAAAGUGGGAGGAGUAGAGGUCCAACAGUUAAAACAAAAACAUGAACUCAAGGUGCAGAGACUGAUGAAGGCUGCAAAAGAAGGCACCAAGGACGGGCUGGAGAAGACCAAGGCUGCUGUGAAGAAGGGACGUUCCUAUAUUAGAACCAAAUCCUUUAUUUUACAUGACCGGAAAUCGGCCUGUAUUGAGGAUGAAGAGUUAAAUUUAUUCAUAGAUGUAGACUGUGUGCAUACAGAAGCGAUCAUGUCCCCAAUGCCAGAAGGAUUAACUCAGCAGCAGGUUGUUAGAAGAUACAUUCUUGGAUCAAUUGUGGAGAGUGAAAAAAACUAUGUUGACUCAUUGAAACGAAUUCUAGAGAAUUAUGAAAAGCCAUUGUACGAUAUGGAGCCGAAGCUGAUAAGUGAAAGGAAGCUGAAAGUUGUCUUCUAUCGUAUAAAAGAAAUCCUCCAGUGCCACUCACUCUUCCAGAUUGCUCUGGCCAGCCGGGUGUCUGAGUGGGACUCGACAGAAAUGAUUGGAGAUGUCUUUGUAGCAUCAUUUUCAAAAUCCAUGGUACUUGAUGCUUAUAGCGAGUAUGUCAACAAUUUCAGCACUGCAGUUGGGGUCCUCAGGAAAACAUGUGCCACUAAGCCAGCAUUUUUUGAGUUUUUAAAAAGCCAAGAUUGCAGCCCUGACCGCAUCACUUUGUAUGGUCUGAUGAUGAAGCCAAUUCAGCGAUUCCCGCAGUUUAUCCUUUUAUUACAGGAUAUGCUGAAAAACACAAUGAAGGGUCAUCCGGACCGACUCCCCCUGCAGAUGGCUCUUACGGAGCUGGAAACGUUAGCAGACAAACUCAAUGAGCGGAAGCGAGACGCCGAUCAACGCUGUGAAAUUAAACAAAUCGCCAAGGCAAUGAAUGAACGGUAUCUCAACAAGCUCCUCAGUAAUGGAAGCAGAUAUCUAAUCCGAUCAGAUGAUAUGGUAGAGACAGUGUACAACGAGAAGGGCGAGAUCCUGAAAACUAAGCAGAGGCGUCUCUUCAUGCUCAAUGAUGUACUGAUGUGUGCCACAGAUAAUGCAAGGUCAUCUAAUGAAGGCAGCAAUAUGGUUACAACAAGUCAAAAAUACUUACUAAAAUGGAGCGUUCCCUUGGACCAUGUUGAAGUUAUUGAAUAUGGGGAAAGCGAGGACCAAGUAAACCAGUCUCUGUUUUCUUCUUUGUAUGCAGCUGAGAAAGUUGUAUGUGUCAAACAAAAUAAAUUGUACAUGGGACCUGGACAACUUUAUCAAGACUUACAGAAUCUGCUUCAUGAUUUAGAUGUUGUAAACCAAAUCUCACAAAUGAUAUUACAACUAAGAGGAAACUACCAGAACUUGAAUCCCACAGUUGCCCAGGACUGGUCUUCAGGCUUACAAAGACUCAUCUGGAAGAAAGAGAAUGAAAUUCGAGCUGCAGACCGCUGCAGAAUUCAGCUCCAGCUUCCUGGCAAGCAUGAUAAAUCAGGAAGACCCACUUUCUUUACUGCAGUCUUUAACACCUUCACUCCUGCUGCAAAACAGUCGUGGAUCAAUAAUUUACAGAUGGCAAAACUAGCUCUUGGAGAGGAGAACCAGCUGGGUUGGUUCUGUCUAGAAGAUGAGGGAAACCAGAUCAAAAAGGAAAAACAUCCCUUGCUUGUCAAGCACCUUCCGGUUAUCAUGUCUAAGCAGCAGGAAUUUAAGAUUGAAUGUGCUGUCUAUAAUCCCGAACCUUAUCUCAGUAGUGAAAAUGAUCCUGAUACUCUUUCAAUGCAUCAUGGAUUUCUGUGGAUUGGCAGCUGCACUAAUCAGAUGGGUCAGAUCGCUGUUGUCUCACUGAACAACCGCAGCCCGAAGGUGAUAGAAUGUUUCAAUGUAGAAUCACGCAUACUCUGCAUGGUUUAUGUCCCCGAGGAAGAAAAACACAAACUAUUAAGUGACGUCCCAGAUACCGAGUGUGAUUCUACCCGAGCACCAGAUGUGCCCACAAUUUGCCUGGGCAUGGAAGAGGGAAGUAUAUGUGUUUACAAAAGUAGCCAAGGCUCAAAAAAGGUUCGUCUGCAACACUUUUUUACUCCAGAAAAAGCAACCGUCAUGAGUCUUGCUGGCACUCCUCGAAAUUUGUACGCAGGUCUGGUGAAUGGCAAUCUUGCUAUCUACACAAAAAUGGCAGAUGGAUCCUGGAACACUGAAUCUCCAAAGCUGAUAAAUUUGGGUGUUUUACCUGUUCGCACUUUGUUAGUGAUGGAGGGAACUAUCUGGGCUGCUUCUGGAGGACAGGUCUUCAUCAUUGGCAUUGAAAGCUAUAACAUAGAGCACCAGUUUGAAGCUCACCAAGAAGAAGGCAUGGUAAUUUCACAUAUGGCAGUGGCUGGGGUUGGCAUCUGGAUUGCCUUCACAUUUGGCUCAGCUUUACGUCUGUUCCAUACAGAGACCUUCGAACAUCUUCAAGAUAUUAAUAUAGCAACACCAGUACACAAUAUGUUAGCAGCACAUUAUAUGUUAGGGUUGAGGCAGAUGCUGUACGUCAGAGGGAAGAUUACUUGGCAACCAGCUGCAGGGCAGCAGCAUGUGUCUGUGACUAGUUUGCUGGUCUGUCAUGGAUUGCUAAUGGUUGGAACAAAUCUCGGUGUCAUUGUAGCAUUUCCCGUCCCUCGCCUACAAGGAAUUCCAAAAGUGACCGGAAGAGGAAUGGUGUCUUACCAUGCACACCAUGGUGCUGUCAAAUUCCUUGUAAUGGCAACUGCUGUGAACAAAAAACACAAGCGGACACCAAGCAGAUCUAGCCAGACUUCAAAUGUGGGAGAGAAAACAGAGGACACUUGCAGUGCUCAUGUACACAAUGAGGAGGCCGGUACUUCUACAGCCAGCAACAAUAAUGACAGCGCUGUUUGGCUUGGGGGCUCCAUGGGGUCCAUUGCACAAAAAAGUGACUUGUCUUCUUCCUCUGGGUCUCUCACACUGUCACAUGGCUCAAAUUCAUAUGACCUAGGGAGGGAAGAUUGCACUCUUUAUGAUCUUUUAAGUGACCCUAACGUACCACCACAAAGCGGACGAAGACAAAGAGCAAGGAAGCUUAAGGCAGACUCUGUCAUGGUUAUCUCUGGUGGACAGGGUCACAGAAGAGUAAACAAGAAGCACAAACCACAGCGUCAGGAAGAGCCGGUUUCUUCUGCUAUGGUUUGGCAGAUCCCAUUGUUACACAGUUAAUGACACACAGAUGUACAAUAAAUGUGUGCCAUAGUUCAUACAGUAUUCCUCUGCAUCUGCGCCUUCUCAUGGUACAUCUCUUCGGUAACACUUAAAGGGGUACUUCACUGCCCCAGCGUUUGGAACAUUUAGUUCCUGAAGCUGGGUGCGGGGUUGGGUGAUGUUAUGGCCACGCACCCUCAAUUCAAGUCUAUGGGAGGGGGCGUACGCCCCCUCCCAUAGACUUGCAUUUAGGGGGCGUGGCGUGAAGUCACAAGGGGGCUUGGCCAUGAUGUCACCGCUACGCAGCCCACACCCAGCUUUUGGAACUAAAUGUUCUGAACGCUGGAGAAGUGGAGAAGAACUAAUGACCACAAAUAUCUAUUUUUUUUUUUUUGUUCUUGUUUGUCUCUUUUGACGUGAUGAGCUAUGAGUGGCCUCUCCAAACAGGUACGGUCAUGGAUGGGAACAAGAGGAAACUAGUAAUAUAAGACCUACUGAAAUGUGAUACGCCAUUUUAUGUGAAUUAUAAAUGAGGGGAAUGUGCCCAACCAAACAGUAUAAGAUGGAACAUGUUGUGUGUCUUAUGAACUUUCUAGUGGUUACUCAGAGCUCAAAUGAAUGUCUUGCAUUAUUACUGUGCAUGUAAACCAAUGUGUUAUCACUAAAGUCUAUGGGCCUAGUUUAUGGAUGAGUGAACAUGAGUGAUGGAUGUGUCGGUUUGUAAUAUGUCAGGGCUAAUGAUGACUUUUAAUAAUAUACACUUACGGUAUAUGAAAUAUAAUGGUUUCAAAGAAUAUCACCAAAAAAAACAUGUUUUAUUAAAGUAAGUAUGGUAAUAUGGCUGUAAUUCAGAGGAUUUGUUUUCUACGUCUGUGGUAAACUCAUUAUACUUGUCACAAACCGCAUUAUUUCAUUAUUCGCUAUCUGCUACCAGUAAUUUGCUUUUCAAUUAAUUUGUGUGUCCUUUAGUCAUUUUAUAUUGGCAAGUAUAAAAUACACCUAAUACGCCAUUAUUUCUGUUACUUUACCACUGGGUAAUCUGUGAAUCUGGACAUUUCAGUCAGAAGUUCAUGUUGUCCGCCAUGUUUAUGUGCAACGUAUUGCUUCAUUACAAGUGUAAUUGUUACAACCCUGCCUAUAUUGUAAUAGGAGACAAUCGGGCAGAUUUAU